UUUCCGGCGUUCGAGCGGAGGAAAAUGGCUGCGCCCCAGCCACAGGCUGCGGCGGUUUCCUCUGCGGCCGGAGUGUCAGGCCCGGGUUCUGCCGGUGGCCCGGGUCCCCAGCAACAGCCGCAACCGAGCCAGCUGGUGGGUUCUGCCCAGAGCGGGCUCCUGCAGCAGCAGCAGCAGGACUUCGACCCUGUGCAGCGCUACAAGAUGCUCAUCCCGCAACUGAAGGAGAGUCUCCAGACUUUGAUGAAGGUUGCCGCCCAGAACCUGAUUCAGAACACUAACAUUGACAACGGACAGAAGAGCAGUGACGCACCCAUACAACGCUUUGACAAGUGUCUGGAGGAGUUUUACGCCCUCUGUGAUCAGCUGGAACUUUGCUUGCGCCUGGCCCACGAGUGCCUCUCCCAGAGCUGUGACAGCGCCAAACACUCUCCAACACUGGUACCCACAGCCACAAAGCCAGAUGCUGUGCAGCCAGACAGUCUGCCCUACCCACAGUACCUGGCUGUCAUCAAAGCCCAGAUCACCUGUGCCAAAGACAUUCACACUGCCCUGCUGGACUGUGCCAACAAGGUCACCGGAAAGACUACUGCCCCCUCCACUGGCCCUGGGGGCAGCCUCUGAAGUCUUGGUUGGGGAGGGGCAGAAUGAAGUAUGGCCUAAGUGGUUGUUCCUGUUACCUAUUUAUUCCUCGUGCCACAGUAAUGCCGCUGAAGCCAGCAGGGGGCAGCAGAGACUUGCAGACAGCACAGGCCUCAACCCCCCCCACCCAUGUCUGUUGCCUCCACCCACGCUGCUCCCUGACCUGGAGUGGACCUCCCCACUGGGCUGCUGAUGACCUCUGUUCUGGGGACUCUGUCUCCCCGCCUGGCCCUGGGUAUUAGCACUGAGACCUUUAGACCUUCCUCGGUCUGUCCCAAUAUAUGGACUUCCUUUUAACCCACCUUUCUCCAGUCCUGCCUUUCUCUGUCUACCAGUCCCCUUUUGUUGCUCCCAACACCUAACUGGGAUCAUAUAUAAGAGGAACCAAAAUGCCUGGGUUACUAGGGCUACAGGAAGGGACUUUCUGGCUCACAAAAGAAGUGAAUGAACGUAGGCCCUGACCUCAGCACACACAGCCUAGGAGAAGUUUGGGUCCACAUUGGACCCUGCGUCAGCAGAGCUCUCUAGCUGGGCUGGGGGAGGGGCCGAGGGGGGACAUUGUGCAAUGUGUGGGGAGGCCUGCUCAACAAGACUCCUUGGACU